UACACAAAAUGGAGAAACAUGCUGGCCCAGAUUUGUCAGUUUUUUGCUGUUGACUCAAGCAAUUUUCCGAAAAAUGAACUUGUUUUUGUUGGAGAUAAGUCCAGUGAUGGUGGUUUCUUGAUACAUUAUUUUAUCAACUUGUGCCAGAAGCAAAACAGACCCUUGUGUUUUGUCGGACUUUCCCAAUCUUUCAAUCAUUACAACUCGGUUGCCCAAAAGCUUGGGACCAACCUACUUUCGGCCCGGGAUGAGAACAAAAACCUAAUUUUCAUAGAAGGUCUUAAAUUAAUAAGCGAAUGCGUAAGUCUUCACUCAGGUCAGUUUAAUGAAUCAAAUCCUUUUUUGAGUCUGCUGAAAGGUGAUUCAACACAAUUUGUAAACACAAUUGAUGCAUCAUUAGCUAAUUUAGCUAAAAUUCAAUCACCCAAUGCCCCAGUUGUUAUUGUUGAUGAUUUAUCUGUCCUUUUGAGAUCAGGAGCUACACCAAAAGACAUUAUUUUGCUUGUUAAUAGUCUUAACAAUAUUAUAACAUUGGGACCAACUAAAGGCUCACUAAUAAUUUUCUCAAGUUUGGAUAAAGAUGAAGAAAAUGAAUUGUGUGCUUUUUUGUCUCAUUUAUGCUCUGUGAAAAUUGAGAUAACCAAUCUAAAAUCAGGUUAUUGUAAGGAUGUACAUGGUCAGAUUGAAGUUCUUUGGAAAGAUUCACUUUUGAACCCAAGGGAACCUAAAACAACACAUUCCCAGUUCAAAUUAUUUGACAAAAGUGUUGAGCUAUUUGCUCUAGGAAUGUCUGCUGCUGUUCUGUAAAAAUCAAAUAUUCAGUAGUUU